AGUUGAUGUUUGCCUUUGCUACGUGUCGGUUGCUGCGGUUUACCAUAAAAUGCGUGAUUCGUUUGUGCGAUUAAACUACGUGUAUAGCAAUUGAUCGACGCGUCGUAUAUCCAAUGGCCUCUCCAAUACUUUAAUUUAUUGAAUUGUGUACAAAUUGUGAAAGAUUGUGAAAUGUUUGCCAUCAAUUGGUUUGACGUGAUACCUGUUGCCAUAACUUUUCUUGUCAUCGCCUUUGUGCAAGUGCUGAAUGUGUAUUUGCAUAUUCUGAGCGAUAAUGCGGAUCCCAAGAAAACAGAUAGCGUCGGUUCAGUGACUGAAACCGAGGUUCUAUCAUCGGAGCCUAUUGUAACAACUCCUACAACCACAUCACCCAAGAGGCUUUCCAUUUCACCAAGAGCAUCAUUGAAUGCGUCCAAUGGCAUCCCGGAUUGUGAUAGUGGUAUUUCAUUGUGCUCUGUCAACCUAAGUUCAGCACCAACAACAGCAUCAUCAACAACCUGUGUUCCACCUGCCACAUCCCCAACAGCGAAUUCAUCACCAACAUACAGUUCGCACAAUGGUUUUCUCACCCAUACCCUCAGUUUCGAGACUUUGGGGGAUGAGUACCACGAGGAUGAGGACACACUGUCGUUAGAGAAUCUCUUUCCCUGCGAUCAAUCGGAGAUAUAUGCCUCAAAGAAGAUAAGCUUCAUAAUCGAUGAGUUGAUUCAAACCGAAGUCAACUAUGUGAACAAUCUGCGCAAGGGACUCCUCAAUUAUGGAAAACUACAAGAUUCUGAGAACCUGCCGGAUGGACUGCGAGGGGAAGAGCGACAGAAACUGCUCCUCGGGAACAUCUCGGAGAUCCUCGAGUUGCACGAAACCGAAAUUCUUCCCUUAAUGUUGCGCAAUCAGCGCGAUCUUAAGAGCUUAUUCGAUGAAUUUGCGCUUCUUUUUGAGAAAAACAAUUUGUAUUGCUAUGUGAGCUUCACCAUGGGCAAGAAAUCGUCGAUGCAGUUGCGUCAGGAAAACCGCGAAUGGUUGCAGAACUAUCAAACCUCAAUAAAAGACAAACUGGGCAUUGACAGUUUUUUAAUGCAGCCCAUACAAAGACUGACGAGAUAUCCAUUGCUCUUGCAGCAAUUCAUAUCAGAAUUCUACAAAAACGGCAUUAGCUGUAAGCCUGUACUGAGUGCCGUUUGUAAAUUGGAGACGCGAAUGCGACGUCAGCUGGAUGUUGUCAAUCAAUCUGAGGAGAUUCCCAACAUAGAUGAACUCAAUGAGUUCGAUCUGAAGCUGCAGGGAAAUUUCCGGCGAUCCACGGAAUUCGAUGCACAGCAUUUUCCCACCAAAAAAAAGUAUCGCGCCAAAGUGUUUCUCUUCGAUCGUUGCUUGGUCUGCACCGAGGUGCGAAAGCGUCGCUUGGCGUAUCGCCAGCAUUACAAUUGGGAGCAUGUGGAAUUGCAACGUCCGCUGGAGUUGACUACAUCGAAUGCCAAUAAGAUUGUCAAUCUGUUGGUCAAGCAUCCCGAUAAGGACAAAGGAAAGCGGGAGGAGUUUUCCUUUGUGGCAGCCGAGGCUUCGGUAGUGAAGCAAUGGCUGCUUGCCACCCACAAGAUCAUCGAGAUAGCUCGACACGAGCAAUCGCAACUCAAUACCUUCAGCUUGCCAAUGGACUUGGUGCUGGGCGUGGGGCUUGCCAUUUGGCUGAUAUGGCAAUAUUUAUAGUUCUAUCUUUACGCUACGAUUAUUGGAUAAGCCCUAGAAUAAAGCUAAGUUAUUUCUA